AACCAAAUAAUUUUAAAUUUGUUUUUAUGUUUUAGUUAAUUUAUAGAUUUUAUUCAUAAGGGUAUAAACGAUAUUAACCACUCUAACUUUUAACGUGAGAGUUCGAUUUCAAAAAUUUACUUCACAAAUAAUAGUAUAUAUAUAUAUAUAUAUAUAAAUAUGUUAUGGAAGUGAUAAUUAAAUUGAUAAAACCAUCGAUCUAGACUUUACUUUACUUUAACCGGAUAAACAGAGUCAAUUAAGGUCGUUCUCGUACCUUGAUUUCUGCUAAACUGGUAAUACCAACAUUCACGGGAUACACCAACAUUCACGAGGCAGACUGACUAGAGAAGGCAGCCCCACAAUAUAUACUUCUGUUAAUAAGUAAAAAAUAUUUAAAUCAGAUGAAAAGGUAGUAUAGUGUGAAAUGUAUCAUGGUAUCUUCGUUUCAUGUGGACCGACUCACAAAGGGCCUAACAUAUUCACCAAUACCAGUAUACCACACAACCUCUACUUUUCUUUCUUUCUUUUUUUGGCCAACAACCACCAUAUAUCCAUGUUUACGUAUAUGAAAAUUAAAUAUUGAUUAGUCAAUAUACGUAUGCCAUGCCAUACUAAUAUAUACUCACAACAAAGUUUAUAUACUCAACAAAGUUUGCCACGGGUAAAAUUGUAAGAACAACUACAUAGACCUAAUAAUCACUAGUAAGCAAAUCUAUCUAAGCUUCAUAUCGAUAUAAAACGAAUCAUAUGUGACAUUGUGACGGCACGUAAAAAGCAUCCGUCUUGGAUACUAAAAGAAAAACUAGGAGUUGUAGCUUUUAACGUUUACUAAUAUGUAGUAUAUAACAAAUUUAAACAUCAACUAUAUAAGUCUAGAAACAUAGGUAGCUAGUAGCACUCACAACACACAAGUAUUAAUUUAAAGUUAUUACACAUCAAUAUUCUUCUCACUUUCUUUUCAAAAUUCACCUUCGCCGACGAUGAAGAAAUCCUCCGCCGUCACAUCACAACCGUCUCUAUACCUCUUUCUCCUGCUGCUCCUACCGUUGCAAGCUCAUUCCUCCGACGACCUAAUAGACACAGUCUGCAAAGAGACGCCGUUUUGCGACCUCUGCGAAGCCUCUCUCCGCCCUCUCAUUCCCUCACCCUCUGAUCCCAAAUCUCUAGCCUCCGCAAUGGCCAACGUUGUGCUCGGUAACAUGACCGAUAACUUAGGUUAUAUCCAAUCGCUGAUCAGACAUUCUAAAGAUCCAGCUGCGGAGCGAGCGCUGGCUCAGUGCGCUGAGAUGUACCGGCCGGUGGUCCGGUUCAACAUUCCUCAGGCGAUCGAGGCAAUGCAGCGAGGGGAGUUUGGAUUCGCGAAGUAUGUUCUCGGUGACGCCGAGAAACAAACUGAUUCUUGCCAGAAACGGAUCAAUAGUACCAUGGCCGACGAUGAAAGCUCGGUGGCUCUUACGGCUAGGAACCAGCUGGUUAAGAAUCUUUGCGACGUGGCCAUUUCUGUGAUUAAAUCUCUAAUGAACAGUCGUUAAGAAUCUCUGUUUCUUUCCCAAGUAAUAAUUAUAUAUUUGUAAAUUAUUGACACGAACAAUUUUUUUUUUUCUUUGUUAAAGGAUUUUCAUAAAUUUUAAUAGGAACAGCAUACAAACAAGAAAUGAAAUACAGGGAAAGGAGCACAUAAGCUCAAAUUGACACACCAAUUCUUACCCUAAAAAAGGUACUAAACCAAAGCCUUUGAGCUUUCUACCACUGGUAAAGGUAAUCAACAAGAAAACAAUCACAAGAGAACCCAACACCAACAAUAAAGAGAGGAGCCAACGGGGAGGCUGAGAACCAAUACGUACUAAGGUUUCCUGGCCUUAGCUGUCACAGCGGCCAGAGAAGAGCACAGACCGAAUUGGCGGCGAGGAAAGAGCACAUACCAAAACCGAGACCAUUCCAUCGAA